AUGAAUAGUCCAACUACUUCAAUGGAUAACGCUCGCUUCAUGGAUCUCUUCAUGGAUGUCACCGCCGACAUGGGUCUCUUUGACGACUGCACUCAGUCCGUCUUCCCCUCCAAUGCCAUGGCCUCCUCCUCCUCCUCAUCUGUCGCUUCCACCUCCACCGCCUCUACCUCUGUCUCUGCUUCUUCCAUCUCUGCCAUGAACCUCAACAGCUACGUCUUCCCCAGCAACGACAUUGCCAACAUGACCUGGGACACCACUCUCCCCAAGCAGUUCCAACCCUUUGUCCCCGUUGCUCCCUUGACCAUGGAUUUCACUCCUGAGCUCUCGCCUGCCCUCAGCUACUAUACCCCUGCCAUGAACUCUGUCCAGUCCCCCUACGCCUUUGACAACCUUGGUCUCGACGAGCUCGGUUCUAGCCCCUCGGUCGGUUCGCAGUCGCCCAUGGAUGAGAUCUUUGGCAGCCAGCAGUCGCAGGAGAGCUUUGACUACGAUUUUGGAGUUGUCAUCCCCCAGAGCAACGCUACCAUGAACACGGUCUGGUCGCCCCAAGGUGACUUUGAGCUCUUCCCCACUGACACCAACCCGUCUGUCACCAGCCUGCAGCAGUUACUCAUGACCCCUGCGCCUAUGGGAACCGAGUUGGCGGCCUUGGAGGAGUCUCCCUUUGAGUCUGACCUCGACUACUUUUCGCCCCUUGCCUCAGAGUGCGGUAGCCCUGAGAUGAGCGACUUUUCGGAUGCCUUUAAUGACUUUAAGCGUCGCUCGUCCGAUUACAGGCCCCCUCAGCGACCCCGUCGUCGUCGCAUGACCUCGGAGGAGGAUGCUCGUGUUGUCAUCGAGGAGACCAAGGAGGGCACCAACGGCAAGCCCCGCUACCAGUGCAAGGUCUGCGACAAGACCUUCUCUCGUCCCUUCAACCUGCGCUCUCACCGCGCCACCCAUGCCGGUGUCAAGCCCUAUGUCUGCACCCAUGAGGACGAGAAGAACGAGGUCUGUGGAUGGUCUUUUGCUCGCCGCCACGAUUUGGAACGUCACGUUCGCAGCCGACACUCCACGGAGAAGCUGUUCAAGUGCAAGACUUGUCCCAUCCAGUGCGGACGUAGCGAUGCCUUCAAACGUCACUUGCAGCGUCACCCUGCCUGCGGUCUCGCUGCUCAGUUGGAGGCUGAGGCCCAGGCCCAGUUUGAGGCCGAGUCCGCGGUCAAGGCGGAGGGUAGUCCUUGA